AUGCGCGAUCAUGGUGCAUGUGUACAGCAACUCACCAUUAUUCCUGGCAGUGACGUUAUAGGCACCGUUGAAGCAACUCGCGAAGUGGCGGAUUCCAAGAAUAUUCUAUCCUCAAAGAGUAUGGACUCGCUCGAAUACCGAGCACCAUCACGUUUGAAGAGGCGUCUAUUCUUCCCAUGUCGGUCGCAGCAGCCGGCAGCAAACCAAUCUGGUGGCUUCCUAGUCUGGGGUGCAUCGUCAAGUGUGGGAUCCUCCGUGGUACAGAUCACCGAACUAGCCGGAUUCACGGUCUAUGCUGUCAAUGGCCCUCGACAUAAUGACUAUAGCAAGCAGCUGGGCCUGUCCGCUUGCCUCAAAUAUAAUGAUCCUGGAGUGGUCGACUCCAUUGUUGAGGGUGCAAAACUUGCAAAUCAGAAGAUUGAUAUUGGCUAUGUACCAAGUCCAGGGAUCCAGAAGGUCGACGGAGGUAUCGAAGCUGUGCAAGAAGCGCUGGAGUUGCAGAAGAAAGGAUCUAGUGGCAAGAAACUGACCUCCUGCUUUCAGUUUGCUGAAGCUGGGGUGAAGGCAAUUCAUCAGCUGGAACAAGAGCUUGGUGUCCAAAUUGUUCCAGGCACGGAGGUGAUGCGAGAUGUAGGCUCUCACCACUUUGUCCAUGCCGGAAAGUCAGACAAGGUCCUUGUACCUCAGCCCUCGGAUGAUCCUCACGAUCCCUUGAAUUGGAGUCGCGCCUGGAAAUUCUCGACGAUUGCGUGCUCCCUUGCCUUGACCUUCACCCAGGCGAUCGGGCCCUUGAGUUUGGCGCCAAUGUUCCCCGAAUUGAUCAAAGCAUUCGACUCGAAUCUGAACGAUGUCAUCGAUUUCACAGGUGUAGCAAUCCUUGUUCUGGGCUUUUCCAAUUUCAUAUGGGUACCGAUCAGUACCUCCUUUGGUAGAAGGCCGGCCAAUUUGGCGUCGACCUUGAUCUGCUUCGGAAGUGCGAUCUGGAGAGCCAGAGCAAAGACUUACGGCAGCUUUAUGGGUGCUUCUGUAUUAAACGGCAUUGCUGCGGGACCUGCUGAAACACUUGGACCUGCCGUGAUUGCUGACAUUAUGUUCCUGCAUGAGCGUGGCUUUUAUCAGACGUUGUACUUCAGCUUCUAUGUUGGAGCGAUCAUGGCCGGUCCGAUUUUGGCAGGCCCAAUGUCCCAAUUUUCUGGCUGGCGCAACUACUGGUGGUUGAAUGUUGCAAUGCAUGCAGCGACUUUCUUUGCGUGUCUUUUGGGAUUCCCCGAAACCAAAUGGGAUCGUGCCCAACUUGCAAAGCUUUCUAGCGAAGGAUCAACCGAGGCGAUGUCGCCAUCUGUCGAAAAAGCAGUAGAGACGAGCGACAAAAUCUUGCACGCUGAACAUGAUUCUUCGGCGAAUCCAGGUCUUGUGGAGAAUAGUACUACCGAGAAAGAUCCCUGGCUUAGAAAUGGUAAGCCUGGUAGGGCACAGUUUCGACUUUUCCAAGCAAACAAAAGCCCUUGGAGGAGUAUCCUGAUGGACAUCUGGAUUCCAUGGAAGCUCUUUGCUUUUCCGAUUGUGGAAUUUGCGUCCUUCGUCGUCUCGUGGUCUUUGUCCAACUUUCUUGCUAUCAAUCUCACCCAAACACCUUCGCUGGAACCUCCACCGUACGGAUUCUCCCCAUUAGCGGUUGGUCUUUCGAAUUUUGCGCUGCUAGUCGGUGCUGUCAUAGGUCUCUCAACGGCGGGACCCUUCAGUGACUGGGUUAGCAUGAAGCUCACUAAUCGGAACCGAGGCAUUAGAGAGCCAGAGAUGCGGUUGCCCACCAUGAUACCUUACGUCCUAAUCAUGAUACUGAGCAAUUUUGUGGUUGCAUUCGGCUAUGAAUACAAGUGGAAUUGGAGGGCCAUUUUGAUCAUCGGCUGGGCAGGAUCUGGCAUUCAGACGACCGCUCUUCCAUCGAUCGUCUCUACAUAUGCAGUAGAUUCUUACAAGCCGGUGGCUGGAUCACUGUUCGUUUCUAUCACCGUCAAUAAGAAUCUCUGGGGAUAUGGCUUUAGCAAGUUCAUCGAGCCUUGGAUUGAGAAGUCUGGAUACGUGAAACCCAUCAUGACGAAUAUGUGUUUGACCACACUGUGGUGUCUUUUUGGUGUCUUGUUUUGGUACAAGGGCAAGACCUUUAGGGUAUUGACUAAGGACAGCAAGGUUCAUAGCAUGUGA